AUGGAAUUGGGCGACCUGGCGACGGGUCCAGUCGAACUUCGUCUCAUACCUGGAUGGGCCUCCAUGACCACGUUUGGCGUGUCCCAGUUCAUCUGCGACUUUGAUAUUGCCCGUCAGGUGCCUCUUACAGGCGAUAUAUCGUAUGACGAUCUCUCAAAGAUUGUCAACGUUGCUGCGUCCGUUCUACGUCAGGUCCUGCGGGCGGGUAUGCCCUACCACAUGUUCUACGAGCCACGACCGGGCCAUGUGGCGCAUACGGCGACGACGAAGGUCAUAGCGCGAGAACCAUUGAUCUCAGAGUGGUCUGGCCUGUGCACCGACCUCAUGCUUCCCGCUGGUGCUGGGCUGAGCAAAGCCUUGAGGGAAGAACCGACAGGCAGCAAUCCCGCCAAAAGCGGCUUCAUGGUCACCAAAGGCGACGGCGAGCCUGGCAUGUACAUGUACUUAGAGAAGCAUCCAGAGAAGGCUCGACACUUUGCAAGAGCCAUGGAGGCAGUCCGAAAAGAUGAGGCGUACGCAACUCGACACUUUAUCGACAGCUGGCCGAAUGAUUUGCAGAGAGGUAAAGUCGUCGAUCUGGGCGGAUCCGAAGGCACAGUGGCCUUUGCGCUGGCCGACAAGUUCCCAGAACUGGAGAUCGUGGUCCAGGACUUGCCCGGGGCAGUUGAAGGUGCACGAGUUCAAGAGGGCAAGAACGUGUCAUUUAUUCCUCAUGACUUUUUCAACGAGCAGCCUGUCAAGGACGCUGACGUAUAUAUGUUCCGCUGGAUUCUGCUUGACUGGCCCGACUUUCAUGCCCAACGCAUGCUAAGAGCUUUGAUCCCGGCGCUGAAGCCUGGUGCCAAGGUCAUCAUAUUUGAUCAGAUCAUGCCUCCGGCUGGUACAUCGCCUUUGAGCGUCGAGCGAUAUCAACGACACAUUGAUUUCGCCUUGUUGGCCCUUUUCAACUCCAAGCUUCGUGACGUCGACGAAUGGAAACAAGUCAUUACCCAGUCAGACCAGCGUUUCAAGGUCACGGAUGUCAGGUACCCUGAAAACUCCCGACUUUCCCUCAUUGAAAUCGUAUGGCAACCAUAA